AUGCGACUGCUGCGCCGAUCGUCUCAAGUAUUCUCGGCUUUGGGUGCCUUGAUUUAUUCUCCUGCCGCCAAAUCGGUUCGAGUCCUUUCCACUGGAUCAGCCUUUAUCACCACUGCUCGGACACCCCUUGUUCUGGCCAACGACCAUAGCUGCAAGAAUACCCAGUUCCGAGCCAUGAGUGACGAACAGGCAAAAGCGCAAACUGCCACCCCCGAAGAGGACACGAUCUUUGACAAGAUUGUGCGAGGAGAUAUUCCCUGCAAGGAAGUCUACUCCGAUGAUAGGGUGCUCGCCUUUCAUGACGUGAAUCCUACCGCUCCGGUGCAUAUUAUCGUCAUUCCCAAGAACCGUGAUGGAUUGUCACAGCUGUCCAAAGCACGGGAGGAUCAAAAGGACUUGUUGGGACAUCUCAUGUAUGUUGCCCAACAAGUUGGAGCAAAAGAGUGUCCUGGAGGUUUCAGGGUAGUCAUUAAUGAUGGCAAAGAUGGGGCGCAGUCGGUUUAUCAUCUACAUCUUCAUGUGAUUGGUGGAAGGCCAAUGAAGUGGCCUCCUGGCUAA